CUUCAGGGCAGUAAGUUCAGAAUAGAUAUAUUCUUUUAUCGUAUUUUAUUCUACCUACAAUUUUAACCUACACCUAUAAGGCACUCUUGAGUCUUUUAAACUUAAGACAGCAACUGACUUUGUACAGCAAAGCAAAUAACUUUAAGCAAGUCAUUAGUUUUCAGGCUUCACCAUUCAAAACAACUCAGAGAACAAGGCUUCUGUUAAAUAACAUCUCUACAAACAAAGGUUCGUCCUCCAGUUCGUCACAAGUGCCUGUCUCUCCAAAUGGAUAAGAAACUGGAUAUGUUCAGAAGGGAAUUAGUGGAUGUUCAAGGGAUCCCUCUCUUCUGGAGCAUUGCUGAGCAGUGGUCCGAAGUGCAGUCAUUUGAAGCCCGGCCUGAUGAUCUUUUGAUCUCCACCUAUCCCAAAUCUGGGACAACCUGGAUCAGUGAAAUAUUGGAUUUGAUUUAUAACAAUGGGGAUGCAGAAAAGUGUAAACGGGAUGCCAUCUAUAAGCGAGUGCCGUUCAUGGAGCUUAUAAUUCCAGGAUUGUCAAAUGGUAUCGAGCUGUUGAAAAACAUGCAGUCUCCUCGACUCGUGAAAACUCAUCUCCCAGUUCAACUUCUUCCUUCCUCAUUUUGGAAAAAUGACUGCAAGAUGGUCUAUGUGGCACGGAAUGCCAAAGACGUGGCUGUUUCUUACUAUUAUUUCUACCAAAUGGCCAAAAUGCACCCAGAGCCUGGCACCUGGGAGGAGUUCCUUGAUAAAUUCAUGGCUGGACAAGUGGGUUUUGGUUCCUGGUAUGAUCAUGUGAAGGGCUGGUGGGAGAAAAGAAAAGAUUACCGUAUCCUUUAUCUAUUUUAUGAAGAUAUGAAAGAAGAUCCAAAGUGUGAAAUUAAAAAAUUAUUAAAGUUUCUAGAGAAAGACGUACCAGAAGAAAUUAUAAAUAAAAUCCUCUACUAUAGCUCUUUUAAUGUAAUGAAGGAGAAUCCUAGUGCAAAUUAUACCACUAUGAACAAAGAGGAGAUGGACCAUUCUGUGUCACCAUUCAUGAGGAAAGGUAUUUCAGGUGACUGGAAGAAUCAGUUUACUGUAGCCCAGUAUGAGAAAUUUGAAGAAGAUUAUGUCAAGAAAAUGAAAGAGUCAACACUUAAGUUUAGAUCAGAAAUCUAGAGGGUAUUUUUUUCUUAGUCUCCUUUGGCUGGCACUAAAAUUAGAGGGGGAAAUAAUGGAUUAGUGAACUAAAAGGUUGUACAUUAUUUUUCUGUAUUUUUUUUUUUUUUUUGGUUUUUCGAGACAGGGUUUCUCUGUGGCUUUGGAGCCUGUCCUGGAACUAACUCUGUAGACCAGGCUGGUCUCGAACUCACAGAGAUCUGCCUGCCUCUGCCUCCCCGAGUGCUGGGAUUAAAGGCGUGCGCCACCAUCGCCCGGCUAUUUUGCUGUAUUUACACAGUCUACAAACCAAAGUUACCAAUAUCAAUUAGUAAUUCUCUCGUAAUACUCUUUCUUUUAGAUCAGUUCAUGCAGUAGCGUUCCCCUCACUGUCUAUUAUGAAAAAAAAUACAAUUUUAUGAGGACUUAUAACAUGCUAUGUUUUCAGUUUCCAUAACUAAUAGCUUCCUUACCCUCUGUACAUGAUUUUCUUUCUCUCAUGACAUAGGCUUCUUAAUGAUGUUAGUCUCAAAGGUUAGGUUAUCCCCUAGAAAAAGGCUACAUUUCAUGAAUUCUAAUCCUUCAAUUUAAUCUGUUGAUAUUUUACAUCUUAAGACAACCAGUCUUUAACAGUGUCAAAUUAUUCUAACUUACAAUGUCAGAAUAUCCCAUUUCACCUUAUGGUUAGUUUAGAAAUACUACAUUUAAAUGAACAAAUCAAGAACAUGUAUUUUUAUAGAAUUUAACGUAAUGGUUAUUAGAGAGCCAACUCUUUUUAUUCAUGUCAUAUACUGAAGCUAUUGUAAAAUUUAUUGCAGAAAAUAGUGAUGUUUGUUCAAAAUACUUCAACUGGCUAGUCUAUCAUCUACAUUAUAUCAAAUUAGUAUCACUUCUGAGAUGAAAACUUUGUACAAUUAGUUACUUUCAGUAAUCUUCCUUUUUCUUGGCUCACUUUUAGAUCAUGUUAGGGUCAUUUUGUUACGGCUCCUUCUGAAAAUAAUUAUUUCUAGGUAAAACAAAUACUCAUUUUUGAACUAUCGAGAGACAUAAAUUUAAGAUACUUUAGAUUUGUCUCCAGUAACUAAUGAUUAGUGAAAUGCAGAAACUGUAAAAUAGCCGAAUAAAGUACUGUAAGUUUCCAUUCAACUCGUAAUAUUGUUUGUCAUAGCCAGAACCUGGAAGCAACCUAAAUUCCCCUCGACCUAAGAUUGGAUAUGGAAAAUGUGGUACAUUUACACAAUGG